AUGGAUCCUAAUUUCCAAGUCUACGGACAAACCACAACCGUUUUGGACAGAAACAUUGACUUUUAUUUAGGCAUUCCGUACGCCAAACCGCCUGUCGGUGUUCUACGGUUCCGUAAACCCGUUCCCUACGAGUACACCAAACCGAUAAACGCCACGCAAUGGCACAACAGUUGCCUGCAGAUGGUUCAGGGAACAGACGACAACCUGGGCAUCGGGAACGGCAUUAAUAAGGUAUUCAGUGAGGACUGUCUGUAUCUGAAUGUAUGGGCGCCUCAGCCGUCGUCGGGCGCAUCGCCGGCGGCGCCCAAGUCGGUGAUGGUAUGGCUAUAUCCGGGCGGCUUUACGCUGGGCUCGAGUGCCGUCGACUUGUUUAACGCCGAAGUGGUGGCCGCGUUGGGCGAUGUGGUGGUCGUGACGUUCAACUACCGGCUCAAUGUCUUCGGGUUUUUGUACGGCGGCAGCGAUGAGGCGCCCGGAAAUGUUGGGCUCUGGGAUCAGGUGUUGGCCCUCCAGUGGGUUCAGAGCAAUAUCGCCCGUUUCGGCGGUGACCCCAAUCGGGUCACACUCUUCGGCGACAGCAGCGGCUCGAUGUCCGCAUCGAUCUUCACGCUAUCGCCGGUCACGAGACACUUGUUCCGCAACGCGAUACUCAUGUCUGGGUCGGCGCUCAUAGAGUUGUCCCAAAGCAGGGAACUGUCGCUUCAAAAGUGGCUCAAACUCUCCAAAGUAGUCAACUGUGGAGAUGGCAAACAGUUCGGAGCCAAUGAUGUCGCGUGUCUGCGGACCAUACCAUCGGACGUGUUGUUCAAGUCGUUUGUGUCGAUACUGAGCCGCGACUUCUUCAGCCCAACCAUCGGUUUACUGCCUCUUAUCACAUAUGGGGACCAAUUGUUGCCGCGAAAGCCCAUCGAAAUGCUAAAGUCCGGUGAUAUUAAGCGAGACCUCAACCUAUUGAUGGGCACCACCGAUGACGAGGGCUCGCAGUUUCUGUCCCUCCUGUUCGGACCGGAACUCAAUCUCAUGAAUCCCCUAAAUCUGACCAAAUUCCAGGCCAACCAACUAUUACUGGAGUAUUCUUCGAGAGCGUCGAAGAAGUCGUCGCCACUGAACGGCGCCGACAUAUCCCGCGUCUAUUUGUCACAAAUACCGCCCAAUAAUGUGGUGGAGAUCAGGAGGGCUGUCAGCGCAGCGGUCGGUGAUUAUACGAUGACCUGUCCGUCCAUUUUGUACGCCAGCUAUGCCUUUAAAACGGAUAUCACGAGGAAUAAAGUGUUUCAAUACGUGUUUUCCGCUAAGACUGAGUCCAUUACGUCGUGGUGUCCGAAGAUAUGGGGCGCCUGUCAUAACUCGGACCUCGUGAUGGUGUUUGGGCUGCCGUUCCGACAGCCAAAGAGUUUUACAGACAGCGAGAGACUCGUCUCCAAGUCGAUGAUCAAUGCUUUCACACACUUUGCUAAAUAUGACAAACCGCCGGCUCAGGAGGAGGUCGAGUGGUCACCAUAUUAUGCGAUCAAUAAUAAUACAGAUAUUAUUCAACCGUAUUAUCAGUAUUUGUUUGAACAGAAAGUUAAGGGAAAUUUCGACGGACCACCAAUUGAGGGCAUAGAGGAACACCUCGUGCACGACAUGACUCAUCUGUCGCUGGGUAUAGGAGUGACCAUCACUUCACUAAUUGCUAAACCAUUUGUACGCAUAGGAAGUGUAGGUUCUUCGGACACAUCUCGGCGCCUAUUGAUCCAGCGAUACUUUCAGAGUCUGGUCCACUCGUGUCAGUGUCGGGACGCCAAUUGUCGACUCCCAUUGUGUCAUAAGAUGAAGCGAGUCGUACGACACGCCAAGUCCUGCAAACGCAGUAACUCCAGCAGCGCCUACAACGGGCACGGAUUCUUAAGAGACGUAUUGUCUCCAUGGCCAGCCAAUCACCACAUCACGAGUCAUAUGAUAAGUGUAAUAUUUUGUGCGCUAUUCUUGGGAUCUAUUGAUGGCAAUGACAAGUAUUCGUGUCCAACGAAUCAGUUCUUCAUCUAUCCGUGUCGUUGCCUCAAUGGUAACUACAAGGGACUGGUCAUCGAGUGUAACGAAGCCAAUCUGGCGAUGAUAUCACUCGGUUUGGAUAACGUCAAGACACCCAUUGAGUCGCUCUCCAUAACCAAUGCCAACAUCUCAAGACUUUUUGGCUCCAUAUUUGAAGACAAAAGCGUUUAUAACCUAAAGAUUGUGAACUCGAGUCUCGCGACACUCGAUGAUCUCGUAUUGACACCACUCGGCAAAAGACUUCAAUCGAUAUCACUGGUGGGAAGUCUUAUGUCGAAAGUACCUGAAAGUGCUAUCAAUAAGUUGUCAAACAUUACAAAACUUGUCUUUUCUGGCAAUAAGUUUGUGUCGGAAGUGAAGAACACUGCGUUCAAUAAAUUAGUGAAUUUAGUUGAUUUGGAUUUAAGCGAUAACUCCAUCACUAAACUGGAGGGCAAUUCACUGAACGGUUUGACAUCAUUAGAGAAUCUGUACUUAAGUGGCAAUCAAUUGACGAAAAUCGAGAGAAAUCUGUUUCGUUCGCAAAAGAAGCUAAAAGUGUUAGACUUAUCUCGAAAUGGGUUUAAAGAGUUAGGAAAGUCCGACUUCAAUGACUUGACCACAGUCACGACACUCAAUAUAUCGCAUAAUGAGCUCCAGGAGCUGCCGAAGAGUAUAUUCGCCCGGAGCUCGCAGUUGCGAGUGCUGGACAUGUCGUACAAUCGGCUCAAAGUGAUCGACACCUAUAUGUUGAGAGGCGUCCGUUUCCUCAAAGACUUUCUCGUCAGAGGGAAUGUCAUCCAAGAGGUCGCCCGCAAUUCAUUCUCGUCCACCACUCGCCUCAAGACAAUUGAUUUGGCGAAGAACUCACUGGAAGUGCUGGAGAACGAGAUGUUUAAAGACAUGCAAUGGUUAGAGCGCCUGGAUUUGAGCCGUAAUCACAUCUCAACCAUAACCACGGGUCGCCAUCGACUUGAGAAAGUGCUGGAGAACGAGAUGUUUAAAGACAUGCAAUGGUUAGAGCGCCUGGAUUUGAGCCGUAAUCACAUCUCAACCAUAACCACGGGUGCGUUUCAACGCAUGUUUCAGGUCGCCAUCGACUUGAGUCGCAACAACAUAUCGGUGAUCGAGACCAAGGCCUUCCAAGACAUGGCCAACAUCACCGAUUUGGACCUCUCUUACAAUCGCAUCGAGAAAACCAAACGCCUGGCCUUUGAUACCUGCGAUGUGACGGUACUUCACUUAAACCACAAUCUGAUUGCCAACCUCUCGAGAGUCGACAUCUUUGCCAAUAUGUCUGGAAUCCGAUUCCUGAACCUAAGCCACAAUCAGAUCACAGAAUUGGGUCGCAAAGACUUUACGCCCAAAAGGCUCUUUGAAUUAAAUACACUGGACCUGAGUCACAACAGCAUCGAAGACAUCUCUGGCAACGUCUUCGAGAAGUUCGCGUCCAUCCGAUUCAUAAACUUACGACACAAUCGGUUGCGAAAAAUCGGCUACUCGUCCUUCGGGACCGUACCGACGCUCCUGGAACUGGACAUCUCGCACAACAACAUAACAGAGAUCACUAAUGGCGGCGUGUCUUCGCUGGUGUCCGUCAAGACCAUCUUCGCCAACGACAACAGAAUCGCUAAAAUGUUUCCCAUUUCUCUGGCGCUCAAUGAGUUGCAUCUGCAGAGGAAUCAGAUAUCGACGAUUAGGUCCAAUAUAUUUCCAAUGAUAAACGCGCUGAAUUCAGUAUUGGUAGACGUUCUUCACGGUUUAGCGCGCGAUUUCGGGAAUGUUAGGCAUGUUAAGGAGCUGAAUUCCGCUAAUAAUAUCACUGAACUAAAUACCCGGGCGUUUGGGAAGUUAGGCGUUUUGUUUGACAUACGUCUGGAUCGCAAUCAGAUCCAGAAUGUCAGCGAACUAGCCUUCGAUGGUUUGCUACAACUCUUGAGACUCAAUAUGAGCCACAAUGAGAUCAAUCACUUGACGCCGGAGGUGUUCACGGGUUUAGUGUCUCUUCAAUCGCUAGACUUAUCCCAUAAUCUCAUCAAACAAUUAGAGAACAAAACUCACGGCAUAUUCGAGCCCUUGUUGUCCAUGGAGUACCUGAAUCUGUCGCAUAACUCCAUUUCCCUCAUCAAAGACAAGUCGUUCCCCUCGUCGCCGUGGAUUCCCUACAAACUCAAGCACUUGGAUCUGUCAAACAAUUUGAUGCCAAUCUUGACCAACCAUUUUGACACCGGACUGACUCGUGUGGAGUGGCUAUCGCUUAAGGAUAAUAUCAUUAAUGAGAUUCAGAUGAAUGUGAUGUCGAAUUUAACGCAAUUAUCGUAUUUGGAUCUAUCGGGUAAUCAAUUGAGACGACUGUCCAAAGGCUUGUUUGGAGAGUCGAUGACUAGAUUAAGACAUUUGUCGAUCGCUGGGAACAAACUCUCAACAGUUUAUAUACAAGAGUUGGUCAAAAUGAAAGCACUUCAAGAGCUGGACUUAAGUGGCAAUCGAUUACUUCACGUGAAUGAAGAGUUUUUGGCGCAAAUCAAGUCCGGUCUCAAACUUCACUUCAAUGAUAACCAUCUGUACUGUGACUGCCAUUUACUGCCACUAAUCGCGUGGAUCACUGGCGAAGUCCAACGAUCGGAACUCGAGGGCCACUCAUCCGAAGCUCACCGGCACUGGUCUUCAGUGAAAUGCAAGGAUCCGUUGGUUCUCAUCAACCAAUCGAUGACUGAUCUGAAGCCAAGUCAAUUGAACUGCGAGACCAACGUCUUAGACAAGUAUUCCAAGCAUUUUGUGGCCAAAAGCGAUGUCAGGAUUCGCGCGAUUGAAUGGUCCCGAAGACGGAGAAGUUCGUUGCGUAUCGUUUGGUUUGUCGUGAAUCGCGUGGAAGACAUGGCUUUGUUUAAUGUUCUCAUCACAUCCAGUGGUGAUAAUCAACUGGUGGUCAAUGAGACCGUCGAGUAUAAUGUGAGGGAAUACGUGGCCAACGGUUUGAGUGAUAGACAAGAGUAUGUCGUUUGCGUGAAUACUAUGGACUCGGAGGGCAGGAAAAGGAGACAAUUGUAUUCACAAUGUAUUCAGUUUGAUGGCAAUAAUGUCAAUAUCGAGAACUAUGCGCCACAAAUGUCUUUGAGUACUAGACCACAACCUCAGGGGAAAAUUUUGAGUUUAUUAUAA